CACCCCUCGCCACGAGAGGGCUCCGCGCUGAUCGUUGCUGAUGACCGGGGGCACCUGCUCCCCACUGUGCCCCGCUCCCAGGCCUCCCCAUGGGGCACAUUUGUGGGGACCUGGGAGAUGCCGCCGAGGAUUCCCCCAGCCAGGCUGGACCUGACCUCCCGUUCAGCCGCUGCCGCUGCACGGCUCAUUGACCACAUCCGCCAACCCACUGCCCUGACCCACGCCUGCAACGGCCUCCGGACGGAGAUCACUGGGAAGCCCCAAGAGCCUCAGUUGGACGUGCAAACCACCAAGGAGCUUUCCCAAAGGAGCAGUCGGACAUCCAGUGAGGGGAUCCAGCCCUCCAGGGACUUCCCUGGGGAGCCGCUGGAGUUGCCGCCUGGCCCUGGAGCAGCAGCCAUGGCUGCGGCACUGCCCUCCCGUGAGCCCGGCUGCACAGAGGUCCAGCUGAAGGCAGAUGUGUCCCCGCAGCCCCUGGCUGCGCACCAGCCUUGCUCCCAGCAGGCCAAGCACAGGGGACAAACCACGCGCUCCCAAGAGCCUGCUGUGACAGACCUCCGACGCAGGGACAUCGGCUCCCCCAAAAUCCCAGCCUCCAUCCACCCCACUCCAAGGGAGGCCAGCCCUUGGCAAGCCACACUGCUGCAGGUCCCUGCUCCCAGCCGGGCAGGCUCCGUGGAGGCCAAGCCCUGGGGGGCAGAUCCCCUGGGCUCAGGGCAUUGCCUUGUGCAGGAUGGGAAGAGGCUGGUCCCAGAGGAAGUGCCGCAAGCGUGA